AUGCGUUGGUUGAGGGGACGUGGUGUCAAGGCGAUAAUGUGCGUCGCCCUUGUCGCAGGUUUCGCCAAGGUACCAGAUCUGCACGUCAAUAAGUAUACUAUGACACAGACACUGCAAGGCGACGGCUUUGGUUCACAGUUUCAAAAUAUCACAUCUACCGCGGCUGCUCUGCACGUCAAUAAGUGUACUAUGACACAGACACUGCAAGGCGACGGCUUUGGUUCACAGUUUCAAAAUAUCAUAUCUACCGCGGUUUUCGCUCAAACCUUGAACAAACACUUUUGCGUGACCCCUAUCGAAAGCAUGGAGCACAACUACGACAAUCGCUCAACGUUCCUUCGAGAAGUCAGCGAACUGAUUAAUUUACCAGUACUUUCAAGUCAAGAGGACAUGGACAUUGAAAAGUGCGAGGUUAAAAAAGGCUGGCUGGAUAGCUACAUAGUUCAGGAAGCAAAUCAGUUGGACGUUCGUACAAAAUUGGGUAACAUUCGAAAGCAGUUCUUGGGUAACAAGCGCUCGUUGUCGGAACUUCGUAAACACGCUGCCGUGCACAUCAGGAGGCAGAAUUCUUUUGAUAAUCGAAACACUGUUUCUCAUGAUGAAGUCGUGUGCUUUGUGAUGAGGGAAAUUCUCACUCAAAACAGCAAUAUUCAGUUUCAUGUAUUUAGCCAGGGCGAUAUUUCGGAGUUUUGGCGCUACCAGAACGAUUCAAGAAUCGUCCUACGUCUCGACGAACCCAUCAACGUGACGUUCACUGAAAUGGUUGUCGCCAAAAUUUUGGUCACAGCCACGUCGUCAUUUAGCUAUGCAGCAGCACUUCUCUCAGAGGGUGAGAUAUGGGCCCCAAGACCGUUCUGGCACAACUACCCUUCCUUCUGGAAGACAUAUCAGCUUUCUCGUACAUUGUCUAACUUUGAGACAUGCCUACCAUGA